GGACUCUCCCAUGGAGAAACAAGUGGGACGAGGUGAUACACGUGUAUUAAUAUAAAAUUUUUCUGUCAAUAUAACUUGUAUUAUAUAAAUUAAGAUGACGCUACAAAGUUUUCCUCGAGGAGGAAAGAAAUCCGAAAUUAAAAAGACUGUAGAUUUGCUUUUUGAGGAUAAACAUAAACCGCAUAAACCCAAGAAGAGUAAAAUACAGACAAAGAAAAAAGAUGAGAAUGUAAUUGUAGAGGAAAUAAAUCUUAUUGCUACUACUGCAGAUCGUUUAUCCAAAAUGAUGUUACGUGAGGGACUGGUACUUCUUGGACGGGUUUCUGAAAUAUCAGAAUAUGAUUUAUUAGUGUCUAUUCCUGGUGGAUUCUUAGGACGUAUAGUAGCUGCAGAUCUUAGUCAGUCAUAUACAAGUCUAUUACAAGAAAUAAUUGCUUCAAAGGCUAUUCAGUCUAAUGAAUUUAAAACUUUACCAGAUUUAUAUAAAUCUGGUGACUAUGUUGUAUGCUAUGUCAAAAGUAUUAACAGCGAAGAAAAAUGGUUCUGUAGUUUAUCUAUGGAACCACAAUUGAUAAAUCAGAAUGUUUAUAGUAAUUAUCUUGUAAAAGAUACAAAAAUAAUUUGUAGCAUCAAGAGCAUAGAAGACCAUGGCUAUGUAAUUGAUACAGGCAUGGUUAACGUUAAAGCGUUUCUUGCUACUGAAGACAUUGACAAAGGAAAGCAAUAUUUUCCAGGUAUUCAACUUUUGUGUUCUAUCAAAGAAAUAAAAACGGUAGAUAAUGUAUCUAUUAUCAAAUUGUCAGCUAAGAAGAAAAAGAUUGAUAAUGUCAGCACGCAUGAAAUAACAUCCUUAGACAUUUUAACUCCGGGAACAAAAUUGUCUCUUUCUGUAAGAAAGGUGCUCUCUAAUGGCUUGCAAGUUACAUUUGGAAAGAAUAACAUAGGAUACAUAAAUCGGAUUUACUUGGAUAAACCCUUAUCUAUGUAUACAGAAAAUAUGAAAAUGAUUGGCACAUUGUUAUACAUAUUACCAACUGUGAAAUUAGCAUAUUUUAGUUUAUUGACUGACGUAUCUGAAAAGGAAAAGUUGCGGAUAGGCGACAUUAUAGACAAAGCCAAAGUUUUAUAUAGAGAAUCUAAUGGCAUAAUACUGAAGUUGUCUAAAUCUGGAUUACGUGGAUACGUUUCUUCGCGAAAAACAAAUGUCCCGUUUGACAAAAUUCCAAUCAAGUUCAAGGAAGGUUCUACGCAUAAAUGUAGAGUACUCGCAUACGGCUGGAUGGAACAUUUUUACAUCUGUACAAUGGAAGAAGAAAUUUUAAAGCAAAAGUAUUUUUCAUCCCUUGAUGUUAAUAUCGGCGAUAUUCUGCCUGUGACUAUCACACAUAUUGAACCUAACUACAUACAUGUGCAAGCGGGAAAGAUUUGGGGAACUGUCUCAAUGGAACAUAUAUCUGAUGAUGAUCAGAGUAAACAUAAAUUAAAAGUCGGAGAUAACAUCGAGGCGAGAGUCUUGGAUAAAGACUAUGACACAUAUAAAAAUCAUGUGAAGUUUACGCUAAAGCAAUCGUUAAUAAAAAGUAAAUUACCAGUUUUGCAGGAUCUUAGCGAAGCUCAAUGCGGAUCGAAAUAUCACGGUACGAUCAGCAAAGUGAGUAAGAAAGGCUUGUUGAUAAGGUUUUAUCGGUCAGUGAAAGGAUGGGUCCCACGUAAUACAUUGAACUGGAAUACAUAUUUCUCCUAUGGUCAGACAGUUAAGGUAUGCGUUGAGUCGGUGAAACAAGACGAAGAUAGAAUGAAACUGAGAAUUAUCGAAGAAGAGGAAGAACAACAAUCUGUCAGUUUUACGGUUGGAGAAAUAGUUGAAGGAAUAAUAACGGAAUCAUCCAUUAAGGGAAUAUCUUUGAGGAUACAAAAAGAGGAUAAAGUUGUAACAGGCUUUUUACCAGCAGGUCAUCUGGCCCCGUGUAUAGAUAUCGGUAAAUUACUGGCCUCUAAAUCUGCUCCCGGGGAUCUAAUUUCGGCUGCUGUGUUUGCUCCAAAAUAUAUGUCAACUUUAAUAUUAUCACGCACUUUUGUGACAGAGGAAAAAUAUAAGAAUUUUGAAUCAUUAAAAGUGGGCGAUUGCAUUCCAUGCACAAUCCGUGAUAUCGUUCAAGACGGCGUAAAGGUCAUUUUGCCGAUCGAAAAUUACUCAAAAUUUGGAUUCGUGUCAUACAAGAAUAUUAGCAAUUAUGAGCAAUUAGUCGAAAAUCAGAUAUUAUUCGUUAAAGUUACCGCCAUCAAUGUACGAGGAAAACUACUGUCUUUAACGAUGUCGUUGAAAGAUGUGUGUGAUAGUCCACUUGAUUACAAAGUCAAGUUGAUGGCAGCAGUGGACAUCCUGAGUUUGUACCUCAAUAAAUUAUCGGAGCUAGCAAGGAACACAUUUUACGAGAACAGACCGAUCUCGUCGGUAACUCUGGGUCAAAAGAUCACGGGCACUGUUACGAAAGUAACUGAACAUGGUCUGGUGCUUCAGUUAGAUAAUCAUUUGAUGAGUACAGUACGUAAAGAUCAUUACAUUGGUAAUCCUAAAGUCGGGGACAAGGUAUCUGGUGUGAUUUUGUGGAAAGAUUACGUCCAUGAACUCGUUGAUGUAUCAUUACUACCAAGAAUAAUCAACAGCAUUAGCUCGAAACAAAAAACAUUACCAGAUUUACCCACUGAUGUCAUGUUAAAAGGGCAGAUCCUUAUAAUUACUAAGUGGCUGAUACUCGUUCUCGUAAAGCGUAACGGUACGGGAUAUUUGGCGGCAUUGCCUGUCCGUCGACACGCUAACGACAUUUCUCCCGAUUUGACACCUUACAAGAUUCACAAUAAAAUACGAUUGUAUGUUAUAACGAAGGGAGCCGAGUCCGACAUUGUUCCAAUUUGUAUGCUGAAGUCUGCUUUUGAAAUUCGGAAAAGAGAGGUCGUAACGGAGUUAUCUUCCAUCAAAAAUAAAUCGAAAAAAAGAAAAAAAGUACUCGAGGAAGACGAUAUGGAUCUUGUAGCUUCAUCAAAGAAAAUAUCGAAGAAAGAAAAUGAAGAUAAAAAUGAAGAUAUAGAUGAAGUUGAAAAUAAAGUUGAAGUCAAAGUCAAAGAAGAAGAAAAUAGAAUAAAAGAUAUAGAUGAAAAUUCUGAAUCUCUCUCACACGAAGAAUCUAUUAACAAAGAAGAAGAUGAAAUGGAGGAGGAGGAGGAACCGGUAAUAGAAAAAUCGCGUAUUCCGGAAUGUGGAUUUUCUUGGGACGACAAAGCAAAUUUGACUGCUACCGCCAAUAUCGAAACAUCCAGUGACGACGAAGAGGAACCCGAAGAGGAACCUAAACGGAAGAAGAAGAAAUUGAGUGCGGCUGAGCGGCGGGAGCAAGAACGACAGAAGGAACGUGAGAUCCGUCAACGGGAAGAAGCUCUGGCAAGCAAUCAGAUGCCCAAUUCAAUCGAUCAAUUCGACAAAUUGGUUUUGUCGAGCCCCGACAGUUCAUUGAUAUGGCUGCAGUAUAUGGCGUAUCACCUGCAAGCCACGGAGAUCGACAAGGCAAGAGCGGUUGCAAAACAAGCUAUCAAAACAAUCAAUUUUAGAGAAGAGAACGAACGAUUGAACGUGUGGAAUGCAUGGUUGAAUCUUGAGUCCAGAUAUGGUACCGCUGAAUCCUUGAAGGAUGUAUUCCAGGAAGCCGUUAGGACGAACGAUGCUUACAAAGUAUACUUGCACAUGCUAACUGUACACGCGGAGGCUGGUAGAACGACCGAGCUCGAAAAAUUGGUCAGCACUGUAAUCGCCAAGUUCAAACAGAAUCCUCAGACGUGGAUAGACUGUGGCAGCGCGUUGCUGAAAAUCGGUAUGAAAGAAAAGUCGCGACAAAUCAUGCAACGGGCAUUACAAUCCCUGCCCGCAUCUCAGCAUGUAAAUCUUCUGGUAACCUUUGCAAAUUUGGAGAAUAAGCUAGGAGACAAAGAACGGGCAUAUACGUUAUUCGAGAACGUCCUGAGCUCUUAUCCCAAACGUGUUGAUGUGUGGUCAUGUUACGUGGAUUGCUUGAUAAAGUCUGAGAACAUUGAUGUAGCUAGGAAAGUGUUGGAACAAGCCAGUGUCCUGACAUUACCAUUGAGAAAAAUGAAGGUCCUUUUCUCAAAAUAUCUUGCUUUCGAGGAAAAAUAUGGUACACCCGAGGCUGCAGAUCGUGUACGGCAGAUGAUUGCGGAUUAUGUAAAGAGAUUGUAAAUAAUAUUCUCUUUUUAUAAAUAAAUGUUAAUAAAUGUUUUUAUAA